AUGGCGGUGUGCGCUCGGCUCUGCGGCGUGGGCCCGGCCCGAGGGUGCCGGCGGCGCCAGCAGCGCCGGGGCCCUUCGGAGGCGGCGGCGGCCGACAGUGAGCCCGACACAGACCCUGAGGAGGAGCGCAUCGAGGCGGGCACGGCACUGGCCGGGGGCGCGCCGGGUUCCGCAGCUCCGCGCUGCUGGUUGCUGGAACUGCCGCCCGAGCUGCUGGUGGAGAUCUUCGCGUCGCUGCCCGGCACCGACCUACCCAUCCUGGCCCAGGUGUGCACCAAGUUCCGCCGCAUCCUGCACACUGACACCAUCUGGAGGCGACGCUGCCGGGAGGAGUAUGGCGUCUGUGAAACCCUGUGGAAGCUGGAGAUCCCGGGUGUGUCCUGCCGAGAUGUCUAUGCCAAGCUGCUCCACCGGUACCGACACAUCUUGGGGCUCUGGCAGCCGGACAUUGGGCCUUACGGGGGGCUGCUGAACGUGGUGGUGGACGGCCUGUUCAUUAUUGGGUGGAUGUACCUGCCUCCCCACGACCCGCACGUGGAUGACCCAAUGAGAUUCAAACCUCUCUUCAGAAUCCACCUGAUGGAGAGAAAGUCCGCCACGGUCCAGUGCAUGUAUGGCCACAAGGGGCCACACCAUGGCCACAUCCAGAUCAUGAAGACAGACGAGUUUUCCACCAAGUGCAACCAGACAGAUCACCACCGGAUGUCGGGCGGCAGGCAGGAGGAGUUCCGGACGUGGCUGCGGGAGGAGUGGGGACAUACACUGGAGGACAUCUUCCACGCGCACACGCAAGAGCUGAUCCUCAUGAAAUUCAUCUACACCAGCCAGUACGACAACUGCCUGACAUACCGCCGGAUCUACCUCCCCCCCAGCCGUCCUGAGGAGCUCAUCCAGCCCGGCCUCUUCAACGGCACCUACGGCAGCCAUGGCUUGGAGAUUGUCAUGCUCAGCUUCCACGGGAGGCGGGCCCAGGGCACCAAGAUCACCGGUGACCCCAACAUCCCGGCCGGGCAGCAGACACUGGAGGUGGACCUGAGGCACCGCAUCCAGCUGCCCGAGGCGGAGAACAUGCACAACUUCAACGAGCUGUCACGCCUGGUGUUGGAGGUGCGAGAGCGCGUGAGGCAGGAGCAGCAAGCGGUCCCUCCUGAGGGUGCCCAGGGGCCUGCCGAGGACCAGCAGCAACCCGCCGAGUCAGGACAGCCGUUCAUGCUGCCUGUGGGCGUGAGUUCACGGAACGAGGACUACCCCCGUACCUGCAGGAUGUGCUUCUACGGCACAGGUCUCUCCGCGGGACAUGGUUUCACCAGCCCCGAGCACAACCCGGGUGUCUUCGUCAUCUUUGACGAUGACCGCUUUGGCUUCAUCUGGCUGGAGCCCAAGACCUUCAGCUUGUACAGCCGGGUCAAGGUUGCCUUCCAGAACGCGGAUGCGCCUUCCCCACAGGCCUUCGACGAGAUGCUCAAGAACAUCCAGUCCCUCACCUGA